UGAUGUUAGUGUUAUUUCAACGGUCGUGUAUAACGAACGCGUUAAGCUUACGGCCGUUAUAUUUUAAUUUUAUAUUUUGUCGUUACUGAAAUAAAUUUUUAAGUGCAACAGUGAAUUUAUACGAUCAACUGUAAAUGAAUUAUGGGUUUUUUUUAACUUUUUUAAAUGUGGUCCAUACGUUAAAACCUUUUAAUUGCCUUUGGAUUUAAUUAUUUAUAGUAGAAAAUGGGCGCACCAGCUUGGGGUACUCGUGGAGGCGGUGAUAGGCCUCGCCUUCUGCGCAUGACCCCGCUAAGACAUAGCUUCGCAGCGCCUGCUACGCCGCCUGCGCAACCACCUCGUACUCACGACUAUGCGUCUGAUGCUGAUACCAAAAAAGAAGAAAGCUGGAAUGCUAAUUUAUCACAGCGCUGGCGAAAGCUCAGACGUAGAUGCUCACGGCUGCGACCUGGUUCAGGAACACGUGAACCAAGCCCCGUUCGCCGUUCACCAUCGCCACCCUGUCCCCCACCACACUGUUCGCCUGCACCAGCAUCAAAACUUUCCUUCAGGCAUCGAGGCAAAGUUUACACUACAGCUUCUCUUCGCGUCACUAGUGGAGCACCCGAUAUUCUCAGAGCCCUUGGAAAAUUAGGCGGAGGGUUGAGAAGAAGGGCUCUGUCAGCACACGAUGUCUUGACACCGCCCCAACAGCAGCCAUCAACUUUCUAUGUUCCUAGUCCUACAGCUAUUCGAAAUCCCCCUUCACCAUCACCAACCAGACAAACCUCUACCGUUCGUAGACGAUGCAGCUCUCCCAAUAUAUAUAGAACUAAAAAUGGGAGAGACCGAGCUCCUAUAAAUCAAGAAGAUGAAAGCAGAGAUGUGGUAGACUAUUCGUAUGGAUUAGAACGUAGAAAUAAUAGUAGAAAUGGGCGAAGUAGACCGUACAGUGAAAACGUUGAGAUACCUAUAUAUAAGAAUGGAUACAGCCGAUUGGCUAGUGAUACUGAAAGGUUAUGGGAAGAACCUUACAGGUUGCCCAGAGUUCAAAUGCGACAGGAUCCAAUCCAGCAAUUAAGGAAUGGUGUUUCCGAGUUGCGUGUAAGUUCAACGCCUCGGUCUGCAAGACCUCCAGUGGCGUCACCUACGACACAGACAACCACUAAACGACCCCCAAUUCCUGAACCCCGAGACACACACACUUUUGAGGUGCGUUUCACAAAAUCCGCUGGUGGUAAGGGGCUUGGGUUUAGUAUCGUGGGAGGAAAAGAUUCACCUCGAGGAGACAUGGGCAUCUUUGUGAAAACAAUAUUCAACAAUGGUCAAGCCGCGGAGUCCGGUUUACUUCGAGAAGGAGAUGAAAUCGUUUCUGUAAACGGCCGAGGCACUGCUGGUUUGACGCACGGCGAGGCCAUACGGUUAUUUAAGGAUGUCAGAGCUGGCCCGGUACUCCUUCGCGUAGCAAGAAGAGCUCCGGCCCGCUGACUGCCCUGCGCCUGCUGUGGCGAAGAACCACUCCAGGCGCCUCACUAUGUCCCUGAUUAUUCUACCCUUUAGAUAUUGCAAUGCUAUGCUAUACAAGACGGUGUAAAUUGGACACCCGAUGUUAAGUAAUACCUCUGACCAUGGACACUUCCACUGCCAGUAGGCUAUUGUUAUUCACAAAUGAGUGCCGGCUUCUUAAAAUUUUUAAUUGAAAUAAAACUAGAUUUAGUAACUAUAGUUUUGUCGUAUAAAAUAAAUUGCUGCAAAAUAUUUAAAGUGCAGUUCACUUAUUGCAACUGAAAGUGCGUUCGAGAGUAAAGAAUUAUAUUGUAAAAUAAGUUGAUUGUACUCAUUCAGAGUCGAUUGUUGAGGUGUUAAAAUAGUAGAGUACAUAGAUAAAAUACUUGUAUAUUAAAUUAUUAGAAUAGCGAGAAUUUAUAAAUGAUUCGAAUAAAUAAUAGUACAAAACUUGACAUAAAAAUAUAUGUAAAAGUUUUUUUAAUAAUUCUUUGGUACAUACAUAUUCUAUUUAAUGUUAUUUUAUUUAAUUAUCUGUAUAAGAAACACGAAUAGUUAUUUGGCUUCCCUUGCUAAAUAAUAAGUUAUACGAUUGACUCAGCGUUUUUUUUAUAAAUACCAGGGAAGUAAAUAGAAGAUCCUUACAUAGUAUUUAAAAAACAAAAAUGAUUCCUGAUUUAAAUGCUUAAAUAAUUCCAUCAGUUGCAUUACUAUCGUAGCUCUAUUAUAAGUUUGACAAGUACUAAACUGUGUCAACUCAAGUCACACAUUUUUAUAAUAAUGAAUUAGAAAGAUAUAGAAAUAAAAAAAAUUUUUAAAACUCUAUUUGGUACAGGCAAAAAAAUCUUACAAAUAUUAACGCAGCAUAUAAUAUAAAGUUAAAUGAAAUUAUACCUUUUUUAUCCUUGAUUUAUUUUGUACCAUACAAAAUAGUGAUAUAGGGCUUUUACUAAAAUAAUUAUAGUCUGCAGACCAAAUUGUAAUACAUAAGUAAAGCUUUGUACACUUGUGACCAGCUCCAGAUUAACAUAUCGUAUGUAUUUUUAUAAUGCAUUUUUUUUAAAUAUACAACAUUAUGUUAAAAAAUAUAUAUUGGCUUUGAUUAAAUACGGACAAAAUGUAAAAGACAGACAGAAACAGACGAAAUUAAAUGAAAAUAAACGAACAUAGACAGAAACAGAUGGAAACAGACGGAAAUAGACGGAAAUAGACGGAAAUAGACGAAAACAGCCGGAAACAGACGGAACCAGACGGAAACAGACGGAAAUAGACGGAAACUUUAAACUCGUUGAAGCAAAUUUAAAUAGUGGCAUGAGAUGUGGCUUCAUAAAGAAAUGUUAAUCGCAGCCCAUCAUAGCUUUGUUGCUGUGUGUUGAGUAAGCCGACAGAGAGAGAGUUUGAGAUUUGCCGCCAAUUCACAAAAACAAAUGACAAAUGAAUGCAAAUAAUGCGAAUAUACUAAAGAGUUCUAAAAUUGAAAUUCAUAAAAGUUGAAAAACCACUCACGACAUAAAUUUCAAAAUUAAAAACAAACAGUAAAAUAGCUGUAUAUGCACGAUUUCACGGCAAAGUGUAGUCAUUGUUACGUUCCGAAUCUCCUAAAAGUUCAGUAGUUUUAGUACCUGUGUGGGUUGUUAACUUAUAUUACUCGCUCAAUACUUUGCAACUAGCUCCACAAAAUAUGUUCAUCUGAGGCGUAACUGACAUCGAGUGUACAAAGUUUUGUCGCCUAGUGAGCAAAGAUUAUAGAUUAUAGCUAUUUAUUAUUAAUAAAAAAUAAUUUAUAAUAAAUGCCUUGAUUAAUUGCACAACUAACAUAUUUUUGCAUUUUGUAUACCUAAUAUAAAAAUAGGUAUCGUAAUAUAUGACAUCGAAUAA